UAGGCUGAAAACAGUAGAAAACAUGGAGGCAGAUAUAAUUGCGAAUCUUCGGUGCAAGCUCAAAGAGGUUGAAGAAGAGAGAGUGAAAGCUGCACAAAUUAUGAACAAGAAAAAUACACUCUUCAGAGAGAAGUUGAACUCAAGAGUAGAAUGUUGGAAAGUUUGACCUGUGAAUGUGAAGCUAUUAAACAACAACAAAAAAUAAACUUGGAGAAAUUGGAACAACAGUUAAGCAGAAGCCAUGGACAAGAAGUGAAUGAACUAAAAAAUAAGAUAGAAAAAUUAAAAGUGGAAUUAGAUGAAGCUAGGCUUAGUGAAAAGCAGCUGAAGCACCAAGUAGAUCAUCAAAAGGAGCUUCUCUCUUGUAAGUCAGAGGAACUGCGGGUAAUGUCUGAGCGUGUACACGAAAGCAUGUCUUCAGAGAUGCUGGCUCUUCAAAUUGAACUCACGGAAACCGAAAGUGUGAAGAACAGCCUCAAAGAAGAAGUGAAUGAACUACAGUAUAGACAAGAACAGUUAGAACUUCUGGUUACUAACUUAAUGCGCCAGGUAGACCGGCUCAAAGAAGAAAAAGAAGAGCGGGAAAAAGAAGCAGUUUCUUACUAUAAUGCCCUAGAGAAAGCUCGCGUAGCAAAUCAAGAUCUUCAGGUGCAGUUGGACCAGGCCCUGCAGCAAGCCUUGGAUCCCAAUAGUAAAGGCAAUUCUUUGUUUGCAGAGGUAGAAGAUCGAAGGGCUGCAAUGGAGCGUCAGCUUAUCAGUAUGAAAGUCAAAUACCAGUCACUAAAGAAGCAAAAUGUAUUUAAUAGAGAGCAGAUGCAAAGAAUGAAGUUACAAAUCGCUACAUUGCUACAAAUGAAAGGGUCUCAAACCGAAUUUGAGCAACAAGAACGGUUACUUGCCAUGUUGGAGCAGAAGAAUGGUGAAAUAAAACAUCUUUUAGGUGAAAUUAGAAAUCUGGAGAAAUUUAAGAAUUUAUAUGAAAAUAUGGAAUCUAAGCCUUCAGCCACCUCUGGUGCUCUGCAAGAUAACACCUAUUAUACAGAUUUACUUCAGAUAAAACUUGAUAACUUAAACAAAGAAAAUGAAAGCAUUAAAGGUGAAUUGUCAAUACAGCGAAUGAAAGCAUUAUUUGAAAGCCAAAGGGCCCUAGAUAUUGAACGAAAACUUUUUGCAAAUGAAAGAUGCCUUCAGCUUUCAGAAAGUGAAAAUAUGAAACUGAGAGCUAAACUAGAUGAAUUAAAACUGAAGUAUGAACCUGAAGAGGCAGUUGAAGUACCUGUACUCAAGAAGAGGCGUGAGGUGCUGCCUGUGGAUAUAACCACGCCUGAAGAUGUGUGUGUGAGUAACAGCGCUGUCGGAGAAGUUUAUAGACCACCACUCGAGAAAGAGGAGACACAGUCCUGUUCUAACGAUUUAGAAAAUAACAACAUUCAGUUAGAAAAAGCGAUUUCUGUAGACCCGCCACAAGUCGGUGUCUCGCCUCACAAAAACUUGCCCAUGGAUAUGCAGCUAAAGGAAAAGAAAUAUGUGAAACUCAUAGGAGUUCCAUCUGACUCUGAGGCCUUAAAUGAAAGAAGUGGAAACACCCCCAGCUCUCCCAGGUCAGUGUCUGCUUUUCUUCAAGGCAACCAGCAGACUUCUCCAUCUCUCCUCUCUCGCUGCAUGAACUGUGCUAUCUGUUUCCUUAUCUAUUUUCUCAGUAUUGCGUGCAGUAUAAUACCGCAGUUUCAUCUACCCACCUUCAACUUUUCCAAAACUAUGAGAAAGACUAAAAUGAUUGCAAGGGAAAAGGACUCCUGAUAAGGGGAUCAUUUAAAAAGUUAUACAUUGUGUUUCACGAAACAGAAGUUAUCAGGCUAAUACAUCUCUGAAUGUUUGUUAGUUUGAAUAAUGGAUUGUUUUUCUCCUGGUUCAAGAGUGGCCAUGAAAGAAAAAUUAACUUACUUACUUUCUUAAAGGGCUUGAUAAUAGUCUAAGAAAUUUCAGCCUUCUA